UCUGUUCGAGAGAAGUGAAUAGCCAUUGCUCGAAAGCGGAAGAGUGUAGAGCGAUCCAGCAAGUCAUAUAUCAACCUAAUAACCACCAGAAAGACACCCAGCUACCCAAGAUUCUGGAUAACUCUCCAUUAUCAUUACACAUACCCUGCAUCGCCGUUAUAGCAUCGUUCUCACAGCUCCACCAAUCUCUCUUUUUCAGGUUUUACAAUCCAUUCAACCUUUUUAUACUUCAAUGCCCGAUCCUCUCGAAUACGCUGAAGAAGAAGAUCUUUUCGGGUCUGAGGGAGAAUAUGAUACUACAGACCCUUUCACCCUGGAAAAUGUCAAUCCCUCCGUCCCGAUCGCUACUCCUACUACGCUCCCUAUUGCAUCGAUAUCUAGACCUGCAACACAGCGAACAAGACAGCAAGUUUAUCCUCACAUUAGCAGAUCAGCAGUUUCCGGAAGGAAUGAUGGUGAAGCGAGACUACAGGAGCUGAGGAAUUUGAAAAAGAAGGGGAAAGAAGAACCUCCGAAAUUUGGAGUGAGAUCGUUGAAGAAUAUUGCCAUGGGCGUCGUGCAAGCAAACUCGGGCCGAAUCUGGGAUAUAGGAGAUCUUGAGUAUUCCCUUGUGAAGCCUUUCAUCGAUGAAGUUCCAAUGGAGCAGCUGGCCGAAAUCGAGGCAAAUUCUCCUCAUAUCAAGAAGGACACAGACUGGCUAUAUGAGUUGUUCAUGUUACAGGACUAUCGCCUUUUCCAUGAGCGAUGCCGUGAACGACAGGGGGAGCCUAGAACGACUGGAUGGAGGAAGAUGUAUAAGAAAGCAAAAGAAGAUGCUGCAGAGCGCCAACUUCAAGCAGCUGAUCGUGUGGCGGCACGGUACAAGCAAUUGGAAGAAGAGAAGAAGUCGAAGAGCAUAGUGGUGUUGGACCGUGUUGUGCCGGAUAAAAGACGGAGUAGAGGCAGAGGAAGAGGCGGUUCGAGUAUUGGAUCCUCAUCGUCUUCGAGGACAGCUGGUGCCGCUAGUGCCAUCGCAAAAGCUCGAGCUGAAGCUCAAAGGGCUAGGAUCGCCCUUACUCACGCUUCGGGACGUUAUGUCCCUCCUGCGCAGACGCAAACACAUGCUCAACGAGUUGCUUCAAGUCAACUUUUCAAGAACCCUUUCCUGCCCAGUGGAAGCACGAGUACUUCGUCCACUGGCUACCCUCCUGCUCCAUCCCCGCCUCAAAGCCGCCUCCCGCCUCCGAAAUCCCUGAGAAACUCUUUAGACCGCAUAUCAUCAAUUCCCAAGAGCCGUAAACAAUUGCAACAUCCAUUGUCAUCCCCUAUAUCUGGCUCGUUUCCCACUUCUCAACAUUCUCAAAUGCGUGCAGCUCUUCCCGCGCACUUGUCUGGCCGGACCGGCACCAGCUCUCCUCAACCUUCUGAAAGAUUCAGAAUAGAUGGUGAUAGGAAGAAAAAGGAGUUCAAAGAGAUCCGCAAGCCCCAAGUGAAGAAUUUUGAGGCACCAAAGUUGGAGAACGAGAAAAGCAAGGAGAAGGUCGACUUUUUUGGUGGUGCAGGUGCAGAUGGAGGUGGGAUAUUCAGAGUCAAGAAGAGAAAGCUAGGGACGGAAGCUGGAGCUGGAGGGGCAAAACGCCAACAGUAAAGCAAGAGUCAUCACCUUCUAUGUGUCUCGGUAACUGUCAGUAACCCUUCAGCGGAGCCCCUCUUCAAGGAGAACCUUGUUGCAUCUGAUCACCAUAUAUUUAUCAACUUGUAGAUCAAUAGAAAUACAUACAUUGUCAGCAAUAUCUGUAAUCUUUUCGCACGUUACUCAGAGAAGAGCUUGUAUUUGUAAUGUCCUAUGACCCAAGCCCUAGCAUCUAGAAAAAGUGGUCAUCUGUUAUCCGUGCAGGAAAAGCGUCCAGUGAGAUUUCAACCAACAUAAUCUAGUCAAAUUAAUAAAGUUCGGCAUCCCAAGUUAAACCACUCACAAUGCAGCUGCUGGCUAUCAAGAUGUAAAGCGCGGCUCCCCAAUUGAAGGUCCAUGGGAAAUGACUGAUUUGCGCUUGGCUUUUGAUCUGUUCCGCGUACAUGCCGACUAUCCCACAGGCGACCCAAGCAAGUAAGGUUGUGACGAGGUAGUAG